AAAUCAGUUGAUUACGGUCGAGCUUCAAACAAAGGAUUCUAACAUUUUUAUAGCACAAUAUUACUUGCAAUAAUCGCAUGUUGCCUUCAUAUAUCUUAUAAUCACAGAUUUAUCCAUACCUAUUCGCCAGUGCAAAUAACAAUUAGCUUGUGUGCUUUAUUUACAAAGUGAUAAGAUACAAGAUGAAAAUUGCGCUAAUAUGGCUUUUGUUUUCAGUUAUCACAAUGGGAGAAGAUAGUUUUGCUCAGACAAUAGAUUUAGAGAAUUGGAUGAAAAAGCUGCCAGAACAAAUUAAAAAUACUCCUUUUAUAUACAUUGCCAUACCAGGAAGCCAUGAUUCAAUGACAUAUGCUAUAACCAGAUCAAGUGAUUUGGCACCUGAUGCUGAACCAAUUCUCAAAAGACUGUACCCCUUGUUCAAAGGUACGAUAUUGAGGUGGACAAUAACUCAAAGCAUAGAUGCCUUGCAACAACUUCUAAUGGGCAUUAGAUAUUUUGAUCUGAGGCUUGCAACAAAGACAGGUUCCGAUCAUUUUUACUUUACCCAUGGAGUUUAUGCAGGUGAAAUAACGGAGCCCUUACAUCAAAUUAAGGAUUUUAUUAAUUCCCACCCUGGAGAGGUUGUGAUUUUGGAUUUGCAACAUUUUUAUGGAUUUACUGCGGAUGACCAUCAAAAGCUUUUAAGGUAUCUAUUGAAUAUGUUUGGACCAAAACUUGUACCAAGAAUACAAAACCUUCAAAGCAUUACGUUGAAUUCACUUCAGAGAUUAGGACAGCAGGUGGUUGUUGUAUAUCGAAACCCCUCAGUGCAAUCGACAGGGGAACUCUGGCAAUCCAAUAUGUUACCAUCCCCUUGGCCACAGCAAGAUAGUAUAAGUGCGUUAUUGCAAUUUCUGCAAAACGUAAAACGUCAUCCGGGCAUGGGCUUUGUGCAUCAGGCUGUUUUGACACCGACACCAGCAUUUAUUUUGUUCCGGUGGCUAUCAACGUUACGAGAGAAAUGUGCUAAGCCUGUCAAAAACGAGAUCUACCCAAAGCUGACUGAGUUUACUCCUGGACCACCUAAAACUAACGGCUCAGCAUCUGUUAAUGUCGUUAUAGCAGACUUCAUAGAUCUAGACAACGCCAUAUUUUCUAAAACGAUUAUACAACUUAACUAUAAGCUUCUAAGGAAUACCGAUUCCUUAUUCCAUAAUAAUGGGUAAGCUUUAAAAUACAAGUACCUGAUAGUUUAAGUAAAUGAGAUGUGAUAUUUUAUAUUUUUACCUUGUACAUAAAUAAAAUGCAUGUUUAAA